AUGGCAUUGCAUACUAGAGUCCGAUUCUACUCGACAGAAUCUGGCAAGACUUUAAAGUCGUCCUCAUUUGCUCUACCGAAGGAAGCACAGGGCGAGUUUGACGAUUUCAAGAAGACAAAGCUUGUAUCUGGAAAGACUGGUUUGAAGAUUGCAAUCACGGAUCGUGCAAAAGAUAAGUUGGCGCAAAUCGCCAAGGAUGAUAAUAAUCCUGACUCAGCAUUACGGAUCAAAGUUGAAAGUGGUGGAUGUCAUGGCUUCCAGUAUAAUCUAGAGCUUACGAACCUCUCUGAAGAACUCAAGAAGGAGAGUGAUUUGCUAGUGUUCGAGAGAGAAGACGCUAAGUCUGCAAAGGUCAUCUUUGACGAGUCGUCGCUCGAAAUUCUCCAGGAUUCGAGGAUCGAUUUCACAAAAGAACUCAUAGGCACGUCAUUCAAAGUCGUUGACUCGCCAUACACAUCUACAUCUUGUGGCUGCGGAGCAUCGUUCGAUUUUGAUUUCGAGAAGCUUCACGCUGCAAAGGGCUAA